GGGAAAAGGUUUGGCACUAAAUUAAAAGGUAUUGAUUCACGAAGCAAUUGUGUUUAUGUGAUUGAUUCGUGUGUUUUUAUGCGUUGGACGUAUGCUCGAUGUCGAUGUCGAUGAUGAGGAGGAUCUGAAACCGGAGGAUGAGAGCCAUGUAGUUUGAGGAAAGCAUUGGGAACACAACUGUGGUGAUGGAUAUAUAUAUAAUAGUAUAUAAUAAGUUCAUGAAAUUAGUAGUAGUAGUAGUUCAGCAACUCUUCAGUGUUGCUCAUUAAGGAGGAUGGACGUUGAGGAUUGGCUUGCAUCAAUUUAUCGCCAUUAACUGUUGAUUUUGCACUUGUUGGUUAUGCAGUAUGUAUAAAAUUAGCGAUGGAGGUAGAAGACGAGGAGAUCAGUGAGCAUGAUCGAUCAGACAAUUUCAACGUUUCGCGAACAAACAAACCAUCUCCCUUCCUUCCACCAGAAGAACAAGCUAGAAGAAUACCGAAAUCUGAAUUUCAACCUGCCUUCCUAUUUUGUAUCGAAUCAAAUCGAAAUAUAUUCCAAAAUCGACGCCGUGGAUGAUGGCGACGGAGGGGACGAUGGAUCACGGAGAGUUGGAUGAUAUCAUCCAGCGCCUAUUGGAAGGCAAAGGCGGGAAGCAGGUGCAGCUCUCCGAAGCCGAGAUCCGCCAGCUCUGCGUCUCCGCUCGCCACAAUUUCCUUUCCGACCCCAAUCUCCUCCGGAUCCGCGCUCCUGUCAGGAUCUGCGGCGACAUACACGGACAGUACCAAGACCUCCUUCGUCUCUUCGAGUACGGAGGCUAUCCGCCGGCAUCGACUUACCUCUUUCUCGGCGACUACGUUGAUCGGGGCAAGCAGAGCUUGGAGACCAUAUGCUUAUUAUUGGCAUACAAAAUAAGGCAUCCAGACAAGAUCUUCCUUCUCAGGGGGAACCAUGAGGAUGCCAAAAUCAACCGUAUCUACGGAUUCUACGACGAAUGUAAGAGGAGGUUCAACGUCAGGCUCUGGAAGAUAUUCAUCGAUUGCUUCAAUUGCCUGCCAGUCUCUGCUCUCAUCGAUGAUAAGAUCAUCUGCAUGCACGGAGGCCUCUCUCCCGAGCUGAAGAAACUUGAGCAAAUCAACGAGAUUCCCAGGCCAACUGAUGUCCCGGAUGGUGGUCUCCUUUGCGAUCUGCUUUGGUCCGAUCCUAGUCCGAGGAUUCGGGGCUGGUCUGAUAGUGACAGAGGCAUUUCGUGUGUUUUUGGUCCGGAUGUUGUUGCCGAGUUCCUGGAGGAAAAUGACUUGGACCUCAUUUGCCGCGGUCAUCAGGUGGUGGAAGACGGCUAUGAGUUCUUUGCAAAGAGAAGGCUAGUGACGAUAUUUUCAGCGCCUAACUAUGGCGGAGAGUUUGACAAUGCAGGCGCUGUACUUAACGUUGAUGAAUCGCUAGUAUGUUCGUUUGAGAUGCUAAAACCUUCGACAACCGGUUCGAAGGUGCCCCUUAGAAAGCCCCCAAAGCAUGGAGCCAGCUGAUACUUCUGAGAACUGUAGGUUGGGUCAUGUUAGAGGUUAUAAAUGCAAUGCAGUGUUUUCUUCAACUGCAUGUUAUAGAAUGUAGAUUCGUUAUUAAUGCAGUAGCUGUAAAUGUCUUUUAUCAAAUUAUUGUGUUCCUGAUUUAUGAAUGUAUUCAUUUUUGUGUUUAGGCUGGGAGAUUAGGUAUUAUUAUAUAUAUAUGGUAAAAAAUAAAUAUUUUAGAAAAUAAAAAUAAAAAUUAGCAUGUGGACGAAAAUAAUGAACAGCACCGUUAGUAUGCAUGUAUGUAUGUAUUACUAUUUGAAGAGAAACAGGCGGAGGCAGCCGGAACAGUGAUGGCGUCCGUACGACAAUGGCGGAUGGAUUAAUCAGCAGCGACUGGAAACUUACUUAUGAAAUCAUGGAUGAGAGCAUUAACCUGGUCGGACCUCUCCUGGUUGAUGAAGUGGCCGGAAUCUU